GUAUAUUAUAAAAUAACAGAAAAUGAGCAGCCUGUACGAUACAAUGGAACCCAAUGUCAUCGAUGAUGACAUGCUCAGAAACGCAGUGGAGGAACAAGGGCCUAAGGAGGAGGCUGGUCGCAUCGCCAAGCUGGAGGGGAUAGACUUUAAACACGUCAGCAGCCUUCGCCUGGAUUUCAAAAACAUUCUGAAAAUAGAUAACCUGUGGCAGUUUAACAGCCUCACAAAGCUGCAGCUGGAUAAUAACAUCAUCGAGAAGAUAAGUGGAUUGGACACCUUGGUGCAUUUGGUCUGGCUUGAUCUGUCAUUCAACAAUAUAGAAGUCAUAGAAGGACUAAAGGCGCUGACCAAACUGGAGGACCUCAGCCUGUACAACAAUAGGAUAUCCGUAGUGGAAAACAUGGACACCCUGAGCAAUCUACAGGUUUUAUCCUUAGGCAACAACAAUCUGACCUCUCUGGAAAAUCUAAUCUACUUAAGGAAGUUCAAGCAGUUACGUACAUUAAGUCUUGCUGGGAACCCACUGUCUGAAGACGACCAAUACAAACUGUUCAUUGCGGCUCACCUCCCAAACCUGGCGUAUCUGGACUUCAGGCUCCUAAAUGAGAAUAUUCGAGAGAUGGCCACAAUGAAAUACCAGUACUCCAUCGAUGAUAUCACUCACAAUGAGAACCAGGAAAAGCGCAAGCAGGAAGAAGAGGAACAGAAGCAGAGAGAGUUGGAUUUACAUAAGGCUGCUUAUGUGGAGAAUCUGAAUGGCCCCUUCCUGUUUGAGAGCAUGUACGCAGAUGAUGCUGAUGGCACAAAAUUAUCCGGCCUUCCUGGAGUAGCAGAGUUAAUGGACUCGUACAGGAGUAAGUGUAUUGAAAUCUGCCAAAAUAUAUUUGAAUACGGCAUGAAACAACAUGAGAAGCGAGAGGCCGAGGCGUUCGAGUUUAACGAGUGUAUGCAGGAAGCCAUACGGGAAAACCAGGAGCAAGGAGCCAAGAAAAUCCAGGAACUCACUGAAAAGAACUCAGAAAUAUUAAAUGAACUCUCACAGAGCAGCAAUCAGGACUUCCUAGACCUUAAAAUCUCACAGUAUAUUGAUGACAUCAACAAGCUGCUGGACUCACUGAUGACCCUGGAACUGCAGCUGGUGGACCAGACAGAGGAAAUCAUAAAGGAGUAUGAAAGAAAUGUGUCAGACAUGGUUUCUGCAUUCCUGGAAACUGUACAGGGCCUAAUGGCUCAGGUCAGAGACCUGGAGAAUCAUCAUCACGAGAAGCUCCUGGAGAUUUCCAUCAACUUACUAGAGAAAGUGCUAAAGGGAGAGAUGGAUGAUGAGAUCACAGAUGACAUCAGGAUGAUCUUUGUGGACAAAGACACAGUCAUUAAUGCGGUCAGUGCCUCCCAUGAUAUCCACCUACUGAAAAUCGAUAACCGUGAGGAUGAGCUGGUCACCAAAAUGAACACCUGGGCUAACAACCUCAUCCAAAAGGUCCAAAAAGAUGAAAUACAAAGGAACCGCAAUAGAAUCUUAGAGAUCACCACAUACAUCGACCACUUGCGGGAUGAGCUGGACAACCUAGAGCUGCAUGAACAGAUGUGAGCCUUUCCUUCAGCCUUGGACCAUAUCAGUGACAGCCGGGGGGCUUUUUGCACUACCCUCCCCAAGCAAUAUACCCUAACCCAAUAGCUGCUCUUUGACCUCGAGUUAUUUCUAAUAACAUGAGUUGAGCAGAAACCACUUUUUUUUUUUUAAUUAUUUUUGUUAUGUAUUUGUGUCACCUCCCCAAAAUGACCCAGGUUCCGAUUUUAGAUCGGGACAUGGAUCAACAGCAGCCUAAACUUGACAGUUAGUACAUGGGAUGCCAUUCA